CCUCGCUCGCCGCCAGUCAUUCCAUCCGUUCUUCAUGUCCUCGCGCCUGUGCUGCUGCUGACCGCCGCCGUUGGCCCUUUGGGUCGCUCUCGGCAGAAAAAGGGGCGGCCGCGCCCCUCACGAGCCUGCUUGGCGUCACCGCCUCCCGGGGCUACCCAGACAGGUGACGAGAUUAUGUCUACGAUCGUGGCCACUGGGUCAGAGCUUCGCGCGGUUACACUCAACACUACGUCAUGGCAUUCGCGACGCUUCUCUAAACGUUUACCAUCCUCUCUUUUGUCGCCAUCAUCGUCAUCACAAUCCUGAUCAUGGCUGUGGCGACCGCAGCCAUCAUAUUCUGACGCAGCAGGAAAAACGAUCUAACUACUCUGUUCAUCUCUGUGCUGGUUUUUGUCCAAGCCGCUUCGACUCGAGCAGUUAUUGUGCACGCGCGUUUGUAUCAAGGAUUCAAAUUAUUGUCGGAGUUCUUCGUUGCCAAUCAUGAACACCCCUGGUAAGCUUUCUCAAGCGGUCCUGGAGCGGCUCGUUUUGGAGCCACUUCGGCGCUUGACCAGCCAGCCCAGCUGCUCUGACAGUGCUCGCGCAGUUGCUUUGGGAGCAGCUGCAGGUGAAGAUGCCGCAGUCGUAAGGGUUGGUGCAACUGCACCUGGAGCAGAUGCUCUCGUCGUAGUUGCUGCAGAUCCCAUUACUGGGGCAGAAGACCCUCGAAUGGCAGGUGCCUUGGCUGUUUACGUCAACUCCAAUGAUGUGUUGGUGCAGGGUGGCGUACCAAGCUGGAUGACCCUCACUCUGCUGAUUCCAGUCGGUACAACCGAGCACCAGCUUAGUGAGUUGAUUCGUGGUGUUUGCGAGGCUGCUGCAGAAAUCGGCGUUGUGGUUGUUGGAGGUCACACAGAAGUCACCGAAUCAGUACAGAAGACUGUGGUAUGUGGUACACUGUUUGGCCCCUUACAUCCUGGCCUGGAGGGUCGGCAGGUACCAACUGGAGGCAUGCGUACAGGCGACAGAAUUCUGUUAACGAAGGCGGCCGCAUUAGAAGGCACUGCCAUUCUGUUGAACGACCGUGGAACUGAAUUUUGUAAAAGAGGUAUCUUUUCAGAAGAGUUUUUGAGGUUGGCAAUCUCAUCACACCGUCUGCAAGAAGUGUCCGUACACGUCGAGAUGCGCGCUCUUCUGUCUUCGGUUGCAAAACACGUCUCGGCUAUGCAUGAUCCGACCGAAGGAGGUAUCGCGAAUGCCUUGCAUGAGAUGUGCACUGCAGCUGGGCCUCGUAUUGGUGUCCGCAUCAAACGGGACACCAUUCCUGUUCGGCAGGAUACUUCUCAGAUUUGCGAUCAUUUCGGUGUAGACCCACUCUCGCUCAUCAGUUCAGGCUGCGUGUUGGCCACCGUUGAUCCGCAGCAUGCAGACGUAGCGAUUCGAGCAGUGCAGGCUGAGGGCGUAGCCUGCACAGAUAUUGGCAGUGUCGUGGCCCUUCAGGAUAGUUCCGAUGAAGCGCUGACAGCAGUUUUCAAAGUUUGUUACGAGGACGGCGCCGAAAUACGUCAACCUGAUAACGACUCAUUGUGGUACAUUUUGUCGCAAGCCAUGUUAUGAAACACAUAAGGGGGGCCUGAUUGUAAGGCCCUGUCCGCAUGUCGACGAACACGCAAGCAUCUGUUGAGUCUCGCCUCAGUCCAGUGAGAGGGUUUCCCCGCAUUCACGGGGCACUUGGAAAUGAGUGUGUUGGCGCCUUGGCCCCGAAAGAAACAAAGACAGUCAGGGGAGCAGCGGCAUUGGAUUCCGUAAAGUUACCUCAGUCUCGUUCUU